UCUGAAAUUCAAUAUUUGCCUUAGAUCCACGAUGAGAACGUUGGUUUUUGUGUUAUUCACGUUCGCGUUUGCGUGCUGUGAGCCGCACUACAGCAUCGACGAGCAUGUGGACCGACUUCUGCCGAUCGUCAACAACUUCAUCGGCGUGAUGGGAUGGCAGAACGUGACGCUGCCGGACUACGGUUUACCCUCGACGCCCGUUUUCAUCGGUGUGAGCAUGGCCGAUAUGGCGACUAUCGAGAGGACAGGGCCGUGCGAGAUGUGGGCCGAAGGGAUCCACUCGCUCAAUCUGAAAUUCACCAUCGGACUCGGAACGAUGAAGGCGGACAUCGAGUACGUCCCCGUCAUGGGCGGACCGGUCACUCUCCUGAUGGAAGGUGCGAGCGCGAUCGUCGGCGUCAAAUUUGUGAAAGAGAACCCGAAGAAAAUCGACUGUGAUACGAAAUGGGAUUACAUCAACAUCCAGACACUCGGAAAUGUGACCGUACACACAUCGAACAAGCUGUACGACGGUAAAAUCUUACCUGAUACUUGGACGAAUGCGUUAAUCUCGUAUUACAACCGCAUAUUGAAUCUCAAAGGAGAAUUUUCAAUUAGCAACCUCGACAGCCUCUUCAAUAUUUGCAAUAUUCCUGACAAUUCAACUCCUAUGAACUAGCACGGUUUUAUUGAAGUGUCUGUACAAAUAAAAUCUCAAUAAUUUAGAUACUUGUUGCUAUUUUAUAAUAAAUUUGUUUUAUCACUAUAA